AUGGCGCCUCUACCCCCAUCUCUCUUAGACUUGUACUGCUCCUACAAAGAUUCUACGAACUACGCUCUCGCUUGGAUAUGGCUUAACUGCCGAACUAGCGCUGCCGUUCCUGCAGAGGACAGCUUCAAGAACACGGCGGAGAUCAUCGAUGCCGCAAAAAGAGUCCAGGACCAGAAGAAGGAAGUCCCUCAGUCCGUCCUCACAGCGCUUUCUGAUGCUAUCAAGAACCGUAAGAAGGUCCUUGAGAUCUUUCGAGGUCUUGAGGUGUCCGCAACCUCCAAGAAUGACGCCAACAGCGAUCAAAAGCAUGCGAUAUUCAUCGAACGGUUGACCAACGUUUUUGAUAUUCUGCUUCCACUGCGGGCGGCGAAUGCAACAAACCCGCCAGCACCCCGAGAUGAAGCCCGCAUGUUGCAUACGAUCAACCGUUUUGAGAGCCUUGAACUUCUUCAAGAUAUCGAACCAGCCGAAUCCGACGUCGUGGUCGGCAACGGUCCUUCAGAGCCUCCAAAAGCCCAGAAACAGCCGGAAAUCGCCCCCAAAGACGAAGCGAGAUACGUCUAUGAAUUUCUGGACAAUCAUGACCUUGUUCAUGUUCUCGAAGACGAUGAUAUUGGAGAGUGGCUGGAGCUGACCUUCUUCAUCUAUGAGUGGGACUCUAUCUGCAAAUUUGCCAACGAUUCUUGGGUCGAAGCAGCGGAAAGCAAGAUCUCCAUCCUCAUGGCCGCCUGGGUCACGAACAUGGCCUUCAUUCAAGCUUCAGCAGUUGUCGAACGCAGGGUGCGCAGAGUCGCCAAGACCUAUGAUGAGCUUGUGGAAAAGUGGAUGUUCCACAAGGACAAGGACAUAACAAUCACCUUCCAGGACGAAGAAGGUCUGUUGGACCAGGGCAAUGGACGCUUUGCCAAUGUACAGGGUCUCUGUCAUCCUGGCGAGGUGUUGCAGUAUCGUCGCACCAAAGGCAAGUACAAGAACGUCCGCCCUGAGGCCGCCGACCGCAGAGAUCCUGCGAGUAUCAUCCAGCCGCCGUGGGCUUGGAAGCAGGCUAAAGAAGAUGCCGACAUCGUCCAUGAUGACAUGGCCUUCGACAUGUUUCAAGAGAGCACGCGCCAUCUUCUCGAGAAAGGUCGUGCUAUCUCUGAACUUGAGUCCUUCCGUGGCGGCAAGUGGGUUUGCGAGCCUCUAAUCAAGCUCUGGAAGAAGUCUCUCGAUGAACCCGAAGAGCCACUGUCUGCAAGGCUGGUGUUUGGUCUCGAGAUGCUCCUGUCGACUUUCAAGUCUUUCCUCUGGCCGGAUGUCACGACGAACAAGACCAACUGCCGCAUCGCUGCCCUCAGGUUCGCGCACGACGUCAAGGCCAGUUUGGUACAAACUCUGGACGUCCUUCUGCUAGAUACUGGCGACCACAACAAGCGGAAGGAUCACAAAGCCCGUCUCAAGUCAAUGAUCGCCAUGCUCGACAAGUUCUGUCGUGAGAAGCGGUUCGACCUGUACUAUCAGGCCCCUUGGACCGCGGGAUGUCACAUGCUCGAGUUCCACUGCCUGGCUUUCAACGAAGGAGUCGUGGUCUGCACCCAGUACGGUUACCUCAGUGCGACGUUGCACAUGUACAACGCUCUCCGCCACGUGGGCGCCUCGCCGAUCAAGCCGAUUCCCAUUCUCGAAUUUCUCUGCGAGAUCUUCAAAGAACGCUUGUUCUUCAAUGUCUUCCCCAAGAAGAACUUCAGCACACACUUCCGGAGGGCCGAGGGAUGUGGCAUUGAGAAGAGGAAAGACUUCAAGGGGGCCUACUACUCCGGCCUGAGGGACCCAUUCUCCAGGGAGUGUUACCGCAAAGACCCGAUGAAUCCCGAGAGACUGUCCCUCUUCCAUACCGGACACAUGUGGAACUUCAGACCUAAGCGUUGGAGAUUCUGGGUCGAGAUCUACGGCAAGCCAGGAUCCGGCAAGCCUUCGAUGCGUGAGGGCAAGCGAAUCGAGAAGCAGAUCAACGCUGAGCCUUCGGCCGUGCUCCUCGAGACUACCAAGAAGAAAGUGGUGCCCGAGGUGGAAGGUGAGAAGGGGGUCGCACGUUUCAAUUUCCUCGCUGCUUUUUGUCUCUGCGCGAGAAUCAUGGGACGUAUGGGUGAGGAGUUCCCAAAGUUCACACGGAGCAACAUAGAUCUGAAUGUGAAGGGGCCGGCGCUUGGGCUUGCCUAUGUGGAUUCUAUCCUGGACGAUAUCACGGCUCAGCUGUACGACGAGCAGACCGAGAAGCACAUUGACGAAUUUCGUGGAUUGGUCGAAUCCAAGAACAUUUUCGAGAAUCUGCAGGAGGACCUGGAGAUCAAGGACUACAUGUGGUCGUUUUGA